CAGUAACACAUGCGCAAUAAGCAACUGUGUAACUAUUCCUUCUAAGUAUAGUGCAGCAAUAAUCAAUGAUUAGUAAAAAGACUUUUGCUAUGAAAAACUCAAAUUCAAACGAAGUAUCGACAAUUUUUCAUCCUAAAAAAUGCCGACCAUCUGUGUUAACGCAUUGCGAUGAACAACAAAAUAAUGAAAUAGAUACUACACAAAAAACAGAUGAUCCACAUUAUUGUAAUCUUACUUCAGAGUGCAUCAACAAUUGCAGAACAUCAGAUUCAAUUAAUAGCUCUGUUCCUGGAAAUGCAAUUAAUAAUGUUACAAAUACAGCUGUAAUAGGUUGUGGAAUAAAUACUAAUCAAUGUCCAUCACAAAAUCAACCAAUAUUUCAAUUCAGAACUCAUUCUAAUAAUUCUUACUCAUAUCGAGGAUCUCUUUCAACUUUUUAUCAAUCUUGUUGUGCAGCAUUAGCCAAAAAGAUUUACUUUGGCGUUUGUGUCACGAUUUUUGUUACUGCUAGUUGGGUUGGUGCCACUCAUUCUAUCAAGUUCCUUUAUUUUCAAAAAGAAACUAUAAUUAUUAAUUCAAGUGCUAUUUACAAUUCUACCUAUUCAGAUCAACAGUUUAAAAAGCAAACAAUCUCUUAUAAUGCGCCAUUUUUCACAACAUGGUUUUGUACCAAUUGGACAGUUUUAUAUUUUCCAGUAUAUUUUAUAACACAAAUUAUUAAAUCAAAAUGUUCAACACCAUCGGAAAUAAUUACUGAAAGUUUAAGAGGAUUUAGAGAUAAAGGACUUAGUGGUGGCCGUUUUUUAACUCGUUGUAGUUUAUUUUGUGGACUUUGGGUUGCUACAAAUUAUAUGUAUAUUCAUUCACUUCGCAUAUUAUUGGCAACUGAUGUAAUGACAUUAUUUGCUACGAAUGUUGCCUGUGUUUAUCUUUUAUCAUGGGUUAUUUUACAUGAACAAUUUGUUGGAGUAAGGAUUGUUGCUGUGAUAUUAUGUGACACUGGUAUCGCUCUUUUAGCUUAUAUGGAUGGCAUAACAGGCAGCCCAACUCUAGGUGGUGUUGUUCUAGCUGCUUCAGCAGCUGCUGGAUCAGCUGUUUAUAAGGUUCUAUUUAAAAAAGUUAUUGGAGAUACUACAUUUGGAGAAAUAUCUCUUUUUUUUUCAAUUAUUGGUAUAUGCAAUGCUGCUUUACUAUGGCCCAUAUGUCUUGUUCUAUACUUUUCUGGAGUAGAAUAUAUUCUUUGGGAGAAAUUUCCAUGGAUAGUCUUAUUGGCAGCAAGUAUUUUACAUCUAGCUGCUAAUAUGCUUGGAAAUUUUAGUAUAGCUGUAACAUAUAACCUAUUUGUAACAUUAGGAUUAAUAACAGCUGUUCCAGUAUCUGCUGCCUUAGAUGUUAUCCUAUAUGGAGCUCAUUUCAUGGGAAUGAAACUUGCUGGAAUGAUUUUAAUUGCAAUUGGAUUCUUUUUAGUAAUGUUUCCAAAUAAUUGGCCGGAUUAUUUUACUCGUCUAUUACGUUGGAGCCGACGACACAGACAUGGAAUAUCUGGAGGAACAUCAAGAGAUAUCAUUGAUUAUAGAACAGGAUAUAUUAAAUCGCAUUUACGUUCACCAUCUGGUCGAGUUCGAUGAUUAAUUUGGAUUUUAAAAAACUAUUUUUUCUAAUAAAAAUUUAC